AUGGACUACAAGCGCGAGUUCUACCUCUUCGGCGCGCCCAUCCAGCACUCGCUAUCGCCCAUGGCGCACAACACGGCGUUCGACUCGCUCGGACUCUCGUCGUCGCACUCGUUCAAGCUCCACGAGACCGCCUCCUUCUCCGACCCGUCCGUCCUCGCCCUCCUGCGCUCGCCCACGUUCGGCGGCGCGGCGGUCACCAUGCCGCACAAGGUCGCUGCGCUCUCGGUCAUGGACGCGCUCGGGCCCGAGGUGCUCGAGAUUGGGAGCAUGAACACGGUGGUCGUGACAGGCACGAUUGGGGAGGCGGGCGGGAGCAGGAGAGCGAGGCUCGAGGGGAGGAACACGGACGUUGACGGGAUCAAGGGCGCGCUGUUGAGCUCGCUGCCCGAGGAGGAGCGAGGGAGGGACAAGCCGUUCGGAGAAGGGCGGAGCGCGAUCAUCAUCGGCGGCGGCGGCACGACCCGAGCAGCCGUCUACGCCCUGUCGUCCCUCGGCCUCUCACCCCUCUACCUCAUCAACCGCGACCCAGCCGAGACGGCCGCCAUCAUCUCGACGCCCGCUUUCGCGCGGUACGACCUACGCGCGCUCGAGCGCGAGGGCGACUGGACCGAGGACGAGGCGGAGCGCGUCGCAUGCGGCGUCGGCGCGAUCCCGAGCUUUGAGCCGCAGACCGAGGGUGAGAGGAACGUGUACCGGGUGGCGGAGCGGGUGUUUGCGUCGAGCGGGAGCAGGCCGGGGCGGAAACGACCUCUCCUCGAGAUGGCCUACAAGCCGCACGUCACCCUCAUGUACAAGCUCGCCGCGAAGCACGGCUGGUCUCCCAUCGGCGGCAUCGAGGCCCUGAUCCACCAGGCGGCCGCCCAGGACCGACUGUGGCUCGUCGACUCGCCCGACGAACGACGACCGACGCUCUCGGCAGAACAGAUGGCGGCAGCUCGGCGAGCGGCGAGGGACAAGGUGCGAGAAGCGGCGGGAGCGCCCGAUGCGCGCGCGAAGAGGCCCUAGCGCACAGGCUCGAGCAACUUGCAGCGACUUUCCUCGCG